AUGAUUUCUUCAUCAUCUUCCAAGAAGCCUUACGAUGAUGAUGAAUCGACCAUCACAUCCACAACCAUCUCAACAACAACAACAACCAACGGUGGUAGUAGUGGCUGCGGAAACACCACAGAAAAUGAAUUAGAUGCCAAACCAUUCAUUUCCGAAGCCAUCGGAGAUUCUCAUCAAUUACAACAAUUUGAAACACAAUUUGUAACCAAUGUUUAUAAUGAAAUUGCUCCACAUUUUUCGAAUACGAGAUAUUCAAGAUGGCCGUUUAUUAAUGAAUUUAUUUUAGGAAAGAAGAAUUGUUUAUUUGCUGAUGUCGGAUGCGGAAAUGGAAAAUACAUGCAAUCAUGGAAAGAAACCAUUCAAUUUUACAAUGGCACUUCUCUCAGUAAAACAUCCACCAGCAAUUGUUUCAUUGGAACAGACAUUAGUUUGGGAUUGGCAGAAAUUUGUAGAGAUCGCGAUUUAGAAGUUCUAGUUGCUAAUAACACACAAUUACCAUUUCGAGGAGAAUAUUUCGAUGUGGUCAUUAGCGUGGCUGUGAUUCAUCAUUUUGCUACUCGAGAACGAAGAAUGCAAGCCAUCCGAGAAUUAUUUCGAAUUUGUAAGAAGGGUGGAGAAGUGUUAAUUUAUGUAUGGGCAUUUGAGCAAGCACCUAAGAAGAAGUCUGUAACAGGAGAAGAUGGCACCACAUCAACGCCCUCGUAUCGAUAUGCACAACAGGAUGUUUUUGUUCCAUGGCAUUUGCAGAAACAAUUUGAUUCCAAGAAGACUAAAUCAUCGAAAGAAACACCUGAAUCUGCACCAUCAUCUAUACAGGAGACAAGCUCCUCUUCCAACAUGAAUAUUUUACCAAAUGUGACACAAGGUAGCGAAGGUGAAAAAGUUUACAAACGAUAUUACCAUUUAUUUAAGAGAGGAGAAUUGGAACAACUAGUGCAAGAUGCAUCUGUUAUGAUGGAUGAUAGCUCUGGAGAGCAACGCACACUAUUCGAGUUUGAAUUUGUGAAGAAUUAUUAUUUUGAAAAAGAUAAUUGGGGAGUUGUUUGCAGAAAGAAAUAA